AUGAUUUUUAUAAAUUUGUGUUUGCUGUUGGGGUUUCCUAUAUUUAAUGCGUCUGCUUACCUAAAACGGAACCGAACUGUUAUCAAUUACAUAUACUAUAAGACAGAUAAGUUUAAAAAGAGAAAACAAAAUAUCAAUUUCCGACUGCGUAAUAGCAAAGAUGAAGAUACUGAAAGUUAUAUUCCCCAUAUUUACAAGGAUAUUGCACCGUGCUUAAAAGAUUUAGCCGAUGAGGAAUAUUCGUACAAAGACUUACUGAACGUAUACUUCCCUGAAACUGUCGAAAGAGAGAAAAAAAUGAAGGAGGAGAAAGAGUUAAGAGAAAAAAAAAUAGAAGAAAAGGAUAACUAUAAAAAGUUCAGUGGGGAAAUUAAGGAUACGGAAAAAAUUAUGAAAGAAAAACUUAGGGACGAAUGUAAUAUACAAAAUUUUGAGCAUAUAAGUAAAAUAAACGAUCAUAAAAAAAAGAAUAAAGCUUUAGAUAUUGCUUAUGAUGUUAUUGAAGAUUCUUUAAAAGACAUUUAUUUAGACAGUAAAUUUAAGAGGAAUUACAAUGAUGAAGAAGAAAAAAAAAAUUAUUUAGAAAUAGCGAAAAAGGAAAAGGAUAUGUUAUAUACAGAUUUAAUAAAUAAGCCUUCGAUCGUAAGUUGUAGUAGUACAGUGGAUUUAUUUGGUGUUUUUUAUGACAGUAAAGAUUACAAAAAUGAAAAAAAAUUAUUAUUAGAAAUGGAUAAAAUCAUAAAUUCAGAACCUUUUAAAAGUAAUCAGGGAAAUAUACUACAAGAUGUAGAUACAAUAUUAAAGAAGAAUAAAAUUCCGACACGUAUUCGUAAUUUUCUCAUUAAAUAUAGAAGUAUAGCUAUUAAAAUUAAUAAUAUGAAAAAAAGUGAAAAUGGGAAAAAAAAAGUUCAAGAGAGUACAAACAAGCAGGAUGCAAAUUCAGACAUAAGCAUAUCAUCAAAUGAGGAAAAAGAAAAUGAAGGAACAAUAAACAAAAGGAUGUUCUCUAACUAUGGCGAUAAUGAUCAACAGAAUAACAAUAUGCAAAUUGAGGGAGGUAUUGACGACGAAACAGCAGAAUGUAGUGACAAAAAGUUGAAUGAGGGAAAUGAAUAUAACGAUAUGGAGAGUUGUAAGAAUGUAAACAAUAAGCAAGGUAAAAUAGGAGUAGAAAAAAACUAUAAAGAUUUUUUAAAAGAUCUUAAUAAGGUUAUUAUAACUUUGCAUAAUAAUAUAAAUAAUGAAAAAUUAAUAAGAAGGGAUCAAUAUUUCAUAGAUGAAUUAUAUGAAGAAUACAAAAAGCAUGUUAAAAGUAUGCAUAUUAAAAGGAAUAGAUUAGAACCGCAAAAAAAUAAAUAUGACUUCUUGACAUUUGUGCAUGAACAUUAUGAAGAAUAUUAUUUUUUUAAAUAUGGGAAUUUUGCUUAUGAUUUUAACGAACAAGUAGAAAAAGUAAAGAGUAAGAUUGAAAAGGAAAAUUGCUAUAACAAGUUAGAUAAGACCCCAAAAAUAAAGGAGAAGGAGCAUACAAAAAAUGUUCACAACGAUAUGGAUAUCGUUACACACGUGGAAGGAAAAGAAGAAAAAGUUCAAGACAACACAUCUUUAGGUAGUACUAUUAGCAUGCCCACUGUUCCCAGUUGUAUUAGCGGUAAAGCAGACAAUAUGAGACCAGUGAACACGAUGAGUAACAACAAGGAGUGCACCAUUUUAAAAGGACUAAAGAACAAUAAAAAAUUGAAGAAACACGUGCUUGUGGAUAUAAUAAGAAAUUAUCAAAAAAGAAUAUACGACAUAUACAAACCGAACAAUUUUAUAACAAAUUUAUAUGGAUUUGAUAACUAUAUUGAAAAUGAAAAAUAUGAUAAAGAAAUUAAUAUAACUCUUAAUAAAUAUAGUAUAUUAAAUUAUGAUAGUAAAGAAGCAUUAAAUAAUGACGAAAGGUUAUAUGUUGGUAAGUUAAUAUUUGGUAAAAUUUUUAAAAUUGAGAAAAAUUUUGCAUAUGUUGAUAUAAAUUAUGCCUUUUAUGCGGAAUUACAUGUAGAUCAAAUGCCAUACAAUAUUGACAAUAUUAAAAGCGUUUUUAAAGUUAAUGAUAAAUUAAUAUUUGAAAUAUUCAAAAUGUAUCCAGAUAGGAUAUUGUUAACAUUGAAAAAUAUACAAAAAAUUAAUGAUCUUAAUAAAAUACUCUUACAUAAAACUCAAGACAUACCUUUUGAUGUACAUGUUGUUUCUCUUAUAAAAAACGGAAUAAAUGUUUCUUACAAUGAUAUAUAUACAUUUAUUCAUAUAUCCGCCUUAUCAAGUAAAUAUAAAAUAAAAGUAGAAGAAAAUGAAAAAAUUGAUGAAACUAUAGUUAAUCAAAAAAUUAAAGUUCUGUGCACAGAUAUUAAUAAAUUAAGUUUUUCAAAUUUAUUAUAUGAACAAAAUGAACAAUUAAAAAAAAUGAAUAUGUAUGAUUUAAUUGAAGUUGAAAUUAUACACAUAUCUAAGUAUGGAUUGAUGGUAAAAUAUGAAGAUGUAGUUGGGCUAAUUCACAUAUCGGAAAUCUCUAAAAAGAAAAUAGACAACAUAGAUGAUAUAUUCAAAAUUAAUGAUAAAUUAAAAGGUAUUAUAAUUAAUAUAGAUUAUGAUAAUAGAAGAUUUUCUCUUUCAAUGAAAAUAUUAGAAAGGGACGGUAGAAAUAUUAUUGAUCACAAAUCUCAAAUAUAUGAUGAUCUGCCAUAUAUUGUAGAGGUUAUUAAAAAAAGAAAUAGUAAUUUUAAAAUUGACGACUCAAAUAUUAAGAACCAGCUGUUAUCUCUUAUAGAUAUAUAUAGAAAUGAUGAUAAUGGUACAAAGGGUAAUACGCAAAAAGGGGAAACAAAUUCGAAUAACAUAAUAAAGGAAAAAUGUGAUACAGGUGUAACUGUGGAGAGUGAAGUUGAGAAUGAAGUAAAGAGCGAUAUUAAUCGAAGGGAAAAUGUUGAAGGAGAUCUCCUACAAAACGAAAGUGCGCAAAUGCAGGAAUAUAAUGAACAAAUACAGCAUGACGAUAAAGACAAACCAUUGAGAACUUCGGAAAGAGAAAAAGAUACGCUUGACGGUGCUAUUUAUUCAGAUGAACAACAAGAAGAAAGGGAACUAUCUAUUGAUAUACACAAUCAGUUAAUUCCUUAUAUAAUGUUGAAACAAACGGAGAGCGAAAAAACGGAGGAUGAGGAAAAAGGAAGGGAAAUAAUUUGGAACUUGGAAGAUGAAGAAUUUUUGCAUUCCAACUCACCAGUCCAGAGUAUUCAAUUUUCUGAGUAUCAGUGGUCUUAUUUAAAAGAAAAAAAAUGGGUGAACUUUCCUUUUAAUAUCAACAGAAUUAUGAAUUAUUAUUUCAACAUUUACGAUGAUUUUUUCACCUAUAAGGACAAAAACGUGAUGUAUGAAAUAAAUUUUGUAAAAUUAAUAAGAGUUGAUAUGACUACUGGGCUCUACAACAAAAUUAGAAAGAGUGCAAAGUGA